GCUGGGCGGCGGUGGCCAUGGGCAAGGACUAUUACCAGACGCUGGGCUUGGCCCGCGGCGCGUCCGACAACGAGAUCAAGCGAGCCUACCGCCGCCAGGCGCUGCGCUACCACCCCGACAAGAACAAGGAGCCCGGCGCCGAGGAGAAGUUCAAGGAGAUCGCCGAGGCCUACGACGUGCUCAGCGACCCGCGCAAGCGCGAGAUUUUCGACCGCUACAGAGAGGAAGGCCUAAAGGGUGGUGGCCCCAGUGUUGGUAACAGCGGUGGUGCUAAUGGUACCUCUUUCAGCUACACAUUCCAUGGAGACCCUCAUGCCAUGUUUGCUGAGUUCUUCGGUGGCAGAAACCCCUUUGAUACCUUUUUCGGGCAGCGCAACGGGGAGGAAGGCAUGGACAUCGAUGAUCCGUUCUCUGCCUUUCCCAUGGGUAUGGGUGGCUUCACCAAUGUGAACUUUGGACGCACCCGCCCUGCCCAAGAGCCCUCCCGAAAGAAGCAAGAUCCCCCAGUCACCCACGACCUCCGGGUCUCCCUUGAAGAGAUCUACAGCGGCUGUACCAAGAAAAUGAAAAUCUCCCACAAGCGACUGAACCCUGAUGGAAAGAGCAUUCGAAAUGAAGAUAAGAUCCUGACCAUCGAAGUGAAGAGGGGCUGGAAAGAAGGGACCAAAAUCACAUUUCCCAAGGAAGGGGACCAGACCUCCAACAACAUUCCAGCUGACAUUGUCUUUGUUUUAAAGGACAAGCCACACAAUAUCUUCAAGAGAGAUGAUUCCGAUGUCAUCUAUCCAGCCAGGAUUAGCCUUCGGGAGGCUCUCUGUGGUUGCACUGUGAACGUUCCCACUCUGGACGGCAGGACCAUCCCUGUUGUAUUCAAAGACGUCAUCAGGCCUGGAAUGCGGCGGAAAGUUCCUGGAGAAGGCCUGCCUCUCCCCAAAACACCUGAAAAACGUGGAGACCUUGUUAUCGAAUUUGAAGUCAUCUUCCCCGAAAGGAUUCCCCUGACAUCCAGAACCGUCCUGGAGCAGGUUCUUCCCAUCUAGCCGCCUGCAUCCCCGAGGACUGAGCAGGGACUUUUCCAGAACUGCAGAUUUCCAGACCGUUCACUGGUUGCAUACUGCGGGAGGGCCCAGGGAGGGCUUCUGCUCUGCCGAAUGUUUUCCACAGAAUAUAUUACAAUCUUUCAAAGUCGCGCACUAGACUACAGUGAUUUUUUGAGCGAUAGGCAGGCGGUGGGAACAGCAGCCCUCCUGGAAUGGAGCCACCCUCUGCACCCCAGCUCCUGCCCGAGGGUAUGAGGCAGGCCUGCGACUGGACUCACCCCUCUACCGUCCUUUAGUUUCUGGCUGCCAUCUCGGGUGCCAGACCCUGUGCACUAGUCAGUCUCCACUGUGUGAGAGGUUCUUGUUUUCUUCUGUAUUUGUCCCAAGCCUUGUUUCUCCCCAGAAGAAUCCUGUCUUGUCUUGGCCAUCUCAAAUUGAGAGCAAUUCAGUAGGACUGCCAGGCC